AUGGACAAGCCCGUCUGGGGUUUGGGAACACGCCGGGGCCCCACGGCAGCCGAGUGCUCCCAGCCCGGCCCGGCACCAGCUUCACCCUGCACCGCCGCUCGCCCGCCUUACAAACGGGCCCUGGCUCUGAUCUCAGUUUACAAACUAUCACAGUUUCAAUCCCUCUUUAAAGACAAUCUCGACUUUAACCACGGCAGGAGCCCCCUCGAAGACCGCAAGACCAAGGCGAACAAGACCUGCGCCGCUUCUCGCAGCCCGCCGGGCAGCACAGAGGCGGCGGGGAGCACAAAGGCAGCGGGGAGUAUGGCGAAGAGCAAAGCCCGCCGCCACUCCGCGGGCUGCGGCCCCGCUCGGAGGCGGCCACAGGGGACAAGGAGCCCCGCCUGGAUCCCGGAUCCCGCCUGCCCUCCUCCCCUCCUUCUCACUCUGGCCCGCCCCCGCCAUGAGGCGGACGGUGGCUCCGCGCACGCAGCCGGCAUGGAGCGGUGCCCGGCCUGGGGGGCAUUGUUUCCCCCUUUCCUCCUCCUCCUCCUCCUGGCAGCAGAAGAUUGUUUGGCUCAGUGUGAUAAUGACUGCAAGGCUUACUGCUGUGAUGGGACUACUCCCUACUGCUGUUCAUAUUAUGCCUACAUUGGGAAUGUCUUUUCAGGCACAGCAAUAGCUGGAAUUGUUUUCGGCAUAGUAUUUAUAAUGGGAGUGAUUGCUGGGAUUGCCAUCUGUGUCUGCAUGUGCAUGAAGAGCAACCGUGAGACUCGAGUAGGGGUCAUCCGAGCCACACACAUCAACACCAUCAACACGUACCCAGUGGCUCCACCACCAUACACUUAUGAAUAUGAAAUGGAGUGCCCAGCUGACCUACCUCCACGUUACACUCCAGCCCCACAGACUGUGAUACAGUAUCCCCCACCUCCUCCAUACCCUGGAUAUUCAGGGAAAUAAUUAACAUGGCUCCACAUGGAUAUUGACUGCCUCUUGAAACAGCCAGCACUGCUGGGACAAUGCUCUUGGCUCAGGGACAAAUACGAUUGGGUUUUGCAUCAACACAUGUGGCCAGGUGUGGAAAGAUUGCCAAGGCUCAGGAUGAAUAAAAUACUCUCCACUCUGGACCAUCACGUUUCAUGAUUAAACAACAUGUGACCAAAGAAACAGUUCCUAAAAGUCAGUGUCUGAUGAGUAGUGCUUGACACCAGUUCUCAGCUUCACCUGCAGCACUUGGGGGUGGGGGUUUUCCCACGUAGGAAUGUGCAAGUGGUGCAAACAGUUCAACAAACUGU